UAUUUGGGAAACUGACAGCAAGGAUUUCCAACUGCGCUUUUUGAAAAAAUACUGCCUUUGACUCCUCCCCUUGCAUCUAAAUGUCCAUGUCACUCGCACACCUGAUUCAAACAGGUAAGAGGUAAGCAGGCAGCUUCCGGGUACGGUGAGUAUCUGUUUUAUUAUAGGCUUAGAGGACUGCUGCUAUGGCCGAGUCGCAGCUUUUGAGUUUGGACGAUGACCAUAUAAAUGAAAAAAUACCGGAGUCCAAGCCUGAGUUUUAUUACAGCGAAGAGCACAGGGCCGCGCUAGAACAGUUAUUGAAAAACGGCGAUGGCGCGUUCAAAUUACGACUUAAGGAAGACAACAUUAAAGACUUUUUGUCCGCUCGGGAAAUCAGAUGGAUUCGAAAGACUUUUAACGAAUAUGAAGCGGAUAAUGAUACAGAGAUGUGUGAUUCCAAGUCGCCAUCAAACUCCAACGCGGAUUCUGGCGUCCAUUCUACUUACUGGCCAACGCUGUCUGAUGCAGAGGUCCCCUCAUUGGAUAUUGGAUGGCCGAACAGCGGAUACUAUAAAGGGGUGACACGGGCGUCAGUGUAUACUCACCCGCCUAAAGAAAAAAGCCCCCAUAUCAAAGAAGUGGUUCGAAAGCUUAUACAAGAAGCUAACAAGGUGGUGGCCGUGGUGAUGGACCACCUGACAGACCUGCUGAUCCUGCAGGACCUGAUGGAAGCGGGGUCACGGCGCGGAGUGGCUGUGUACAUCCUGCUCGAGGCUCAGGGCCUGCCUGACUUUCUGGACAUGAUGAACCGCCUGCCUCUCUCUGCCCUCGCGGUCCGGAACCUGCGGGUGAGGACGCUGCAGGGCUUUGGUUUGUCUCUCUCUUCCGGCAGACUCCCAGGUUCCCUGUGCUCUAAGUACAUGCUGGUGGACGGAGACAAAGUCAUGUUCGGCUCCUACAGCUUCUCGUGGAGUUCCUCGCGCAUGGACCGUAACAUGAUCACUGUCAUGACGGGCCAGGUGCUGGACUUCUACGACAGCGACUUCAGGGAGCUGUACGCCGCGUCCCAGGAUGUGGAUCUGUACCAGGAGUUCCACAUCAACAAACCCCCGGCGUCCUCGACCUUACGCAAGACGGUGGUGGAGGAGGCGGCAGCGGCAGCGGCAGCGCCAGUGCCAGCCCCCCGGGCUCCCUCCCUGUCGACCUCUCGUUUCCAGGUGCCCGCCGGGGACGCCAACACGAACUUCAAGGUGCCCAUACACAAGUACCACAACCCCAAGUACUCGCUGGUCUUUGGCAACAGCCGCGGGCUCACAGGGUCCCUCAUGGACCUGUCCUCCAUCAAGGACUCUGUGGAGGUCGACAAGGUGGCAGUGAAGGCGUUGCAGAAGAAGUUCCAGAAAGCCAACAUGGCCAGCAACGAGCACCUGGACAAGGCCUCGCCCACGCCGUCGUCGUCGUCCUCCGCUUCCUCGAGACCUGGUCUUGAGGAAGAAAAGACGGAAGCAAGCGCGACCUCUCCCUUCGGAGGGAAAAAGCAGCGGAGCUCGUUCAGACAGUUCCUCAAAAACAAGAUUGGCGGUUCUUCUUCUCAAGUUCAAACGGACAUUGUCAGCAAAGACACGAAGGCAGUCAAUCAUAACACGGAGGCUCAAACGGGCAAUCUGAACCAGGAGGACCCAGUCGCGGCAACAAACAACCACGUAGCCAAUCGGAAAACGGAUGAGAGAAUCGCCAACCUGAGCAAGGUUGACAGUAACGCAGCCAAUCACUGUACAGAUGCUAAAGCUCUUUAUCCGUAUAAGGAUGGUAAAGCAUUAGAGCACAAUCACAACUCAAACGCUCAAAACCCAGCCACAAACCACAUCAUCACCAAACCUGCCCCUCUGAAAAUAGAGGCCAGGUUGCCCCAACGUGGUACAGACACUGAAACUGUCAAUCGAGGCAAUUACGCUAGAACUAAUCAUGUCAACAACUAUAAAAACCCCAGUCCAAGCCGAGAUGUUACAGAAGUCAAUCACAGCACAGCAGACAUGAAAAGAAAAGAGAAUGGCCACCACCAUAUCCCCAGCGCCCCAGUGUCCAAUGGCGUAGAAGAGUCCGAAGAUACCUUUGACAUGAAACCUGCUCUGCUGAAGUUUAACCCAAAGAAGUCUUCCAAACUCAGCCAAAGGAGUGUGUCUCUUCAAGCCCUUAACACAGUUGUUGAAGAGGGACACAAAAGCCUUAGGAAACACCACAAGAAGAACUGCAUUCAGUCCUAAGCUCAGAGUUCCCACGGGAUAGUGUUGAUCUGUUUGUUGUGAUCCGUCCAUCUGUGUGAUAAGACUGCACAGAGGCCCCACAGAGGCUCCACCGAGGCCCCACAGCUGUGGCGCGGUGCUCCCUCAGGCCAGGGAGGAUGGAGCAACAGCUGCCCCCGUGACCUUGCCUUUGAUCACUGCCAAGGGACAGCUCCCAGGGGGCCUCUCCUCCCUCCACCCCCUCACAUAAGAUUUAUGUGAUUAAUAG